AUGAAGCUAGCUCUUUCUUUCAUCCUGUUACUCCCAUUCUUGUCGAUUGUGGCAGCAGAAAAUGUUACGUACGACGGCCGGUCGCUAAUCAUCAAUGGCACUCGUCGCCUAAUCGUCUCGACUACCAUUCACUACACUCGAAUCAUGCCCGAGAUGUGGCCAGAGGCCAUCCGAUUAGCCAAAGAAGGAGGGGCAAACACGAUCGACACGUACGUGUUCUGGAAUGUUCAUGAAAUCGAACCCGACAUCGUGAGUAGUACUAGCGUUUGGUUUUUUAAGUAUAAUUUUGCAGGGAGAAAUGAUCUAGUGAGAUUUGUGAAGCUAGUUCAGGAGGCAGGGCUGUUUCUGAUGCUUCGUAUUGGCCCAUUUAUUGGUGCCGAAUGGAACUACGGGGGUAUACCAGUUUGGUUGCACUAUAUUCCAGGGACUGCCUUCAGAACAGAAAGUGCUAGCUUUAAGAUCGAAAACGAGUACGGGCACUUGCAAGGAUUCUACGGGGUGGGGCAUAACUACAGUGAUUGGGCUGCUCGAAUGGCCGUCUCCAAGGACAUCGGUGUGCCUUGGAUCAUGUGUCGAGAAGGGGAUGCUCUAGACCCCGUGAUUGAUACUGUUAACGACUUCUACGGGGACUAUUACCACCCAAAUUCUGUAAAUAAGCCCAAAAUCUGGACCGAAGCCUGGACUGGAUGGAUACAAACACAUUAUGAACCGGUCUUCCAUAGGCCAACUCAAGAUCUUGCAUUUGCUGCUGCUCGUUUCUUCCAGAAAGGCGGUAGUGUAAUAAACUAUUACAUGUUUGGUCGAACCAGUGGUGGCACUAGCGCUAACAAUUUUGCCGUAAUAACGAGUUAUGACUAUGAUGCUCCAGUUGAUGAAUAUGGCUUGUUGAGGUAUCCAAACUAUGGGCACAUUAAGGAAUUCAAUGAAGCUAUCAAGCUAUGUGAGAAUCCCAUCUUGACCGCCAAACCCACCCAAAUCUCACUCGGUCCGCAACAAGAGGGCGCGGUCUGGAGCAAUGUGUCGUCUGGAGAAUGUGUUGCGUUCCUUGUCAAUGUGGACGACAAGAAAGACGCGACUGUAGUAUUUCGAAAUGCCUCGUACCACCUCCCAGCUUGGUCUGUCAGCAUUCUUCCUGACUGCAAGAACGUGGUGUUCAAUACCGCCAAGGUGAGUUCCCAAACUACUGUGCCUGAAAUGGUACCCGAGGAUUUGAAGCCAUCUCCAGAGAUGUGCAUGGAGGAGAAAGAUGCUGGUGGAGAUUCUUCUUCGUCAUUGAAGUGGCAGAAUCCUCUGAAAUGGGAAGUGUUUGUGGAGAAAGCAGGGAUUUGGGGUAAAGAGGCUGAUUUGGUCUACAAUGGUUUGGUGGAUCAGCUCAACGUCACCAAAGAUGCUUCUGAUUACCUAUGGUACACAACAAGCGAAGAGUUCAUGAAGGAUGGAAGCCAACUAGCUCUGGUAAUCCAAUUCCAGAGCCACCACCUCCAUGCAUUUGUAAAUGGGGAACUUCUUAACAAAGGCGAGAAUGAAACGCUGAGAAUACCUGUAGCCCUCAGAGCAGGGAGGAAUGAGAUUUCUGUACUCAACUCCAUCGUUGGUCUCCCGAGUGCAGGCGCCUUCUUUGAAUGGAUAAAUUAUGGUCCAUCGAGUGUCAAGCUUGAAGGGUUCAACAAUGGAACUAUUGGCAUGGAAGGUGAAAAGCUCGAGAUAUACAAACCUGGAAGCACUGGCAAUGUGACAUGGAAUGUACCUUCAGAAGUGCCCAAGAUGCAGCCUGUCACAUGGUACAAGGUUAUUGUGGAGGAGCCAUCGGGGGAUGAACCGAUAGGGCUGGACAUGCUCAACAUGGGGAAAGGCUCUGCCUGGUUGAAUGGACAGCAGAUUGGGAGGUACUGGCUGCAGAGGAGUGGUGAACAUGAACAAUGUGUCAGCCAUGGUGAAGAAGGAUGUGAUUACAGGGGUUAUAUGUAUCCUGACAAGUGCAGAACUGGCUGUGGAGAACCCACUCAAAGAUGGUACCACAUUCCACGGUCGUGGUUCAAGCCGUGCGGCAAUCUUCUGGUGAUAUUCGAAGAGGAAGGUGGAGACCCAACUGCGAUUAACUUCUCGAAACGCAGGACCUCUCGUCUUUGUGCUUCUGUCGCCGAGGAUCAUCCGCCAUUAGGGAAGGCCAUGGUGCAUCUCAGGUGCCCUGAAAACAGGAGCAUGGAUAAUAUCUUAUUCGCCAGCUUUGGGACUCCAACAGGGUAUUGUGGGUCAUUCAAUGUUGGAGAUUACCAUGAUGUGAAUUCCCUUUCCGUGGUUGAAAAGGUAAAAGUCUCCUUAAACUUAAUUGGGUUUGGUCGAGUUGAAUUGGGUAACGUAUCAUUAUCGAUCAUGUCAUUAUGA